UGUGACCGGAUUAAAAACCUUCCAGUGAUUUAGUUUUGUUCCUCUGAACUCUGAUGAAGAGUGAAAUGAUUUCACCCUCUCACAGACAGAUGUGAUGGUGAUGGAGAGGCCGCUCUGUGAACCGUUUCUUCUUCAUUCCUCGGAUGUUUAAAUUGAUGAAUUAGUGUAAAAUGCUGCGGGUGAAGUGAAUAAGAUGAAGAGGAGGAGGCAGAAACCUGUCGUCUGAUCGUCGGAUAGCUGCCGCUGCCGCUGCCGGAGAUGGAGCCGCUUUUAUUUUCCCGGAGGCGAGACACGCGAGCGGUGGAUGAAUAUCUGGGCGGUUUCAGGGCGAUCUCCGGGCUUUGCUUUGAGCUCAAUGACAGGGGCGUCUGACGAGGGACCGGUGGAGAGGGAUGGAGCAUGCCAGUGUCGUCUACGGAGAGCUGUUGAACAUCUCCACAAACUACACCCAUGGCAAUGUCACGUCGAAAGAGGAGGAGAAGGACAGUAACAUGGCUCUCCAGUGGGGUCUGGCCGUGACCUUAACCCUCAUAACUUUGGCCACGACGCUUUCCAACGCGUUCGUCAUCGCCACCAUUUACCAGUCCCGAAAGCUGCACACCCCGGCGAACUUUCUGAUCGCCUCCCUGGCCGUCACGGACCUGCUGGUGUCCAUUUUGGUGAUGCCCAUCAGCGCGCUGUACACGGUCAGCCAAACCUGGACUCUGGGGCAGGUGGUGUGCGACAUCUGGCUGUCCUCGGACAUAACCUGCUGCACGGCGUCCAUCCUCCACCUGUGCGUAAUCGCGCUGGACCGCUACUGGGCCAUCACGGACGCGGUGGAGUACACCAAGAAGCGCACGAUGGGGCGCGCCGCCGGCAUGAUCGCCACCGCCUGGGUGAUCGCCAUCUCCAUCUCCCUGCCGCCUUUCUUCUGGCGCCAGGUGAAGGCGGAGGAGGUGACGAGCUGCAACGUGAACACCGACCACAUCUUCUACACCAUCUACUCCACCUUCGGCGCGUUCUACAUCCCCACGCUGCUGCUCAUCGCCCUGUACGGGAGGAUUUACGUGGAGGCACGGAAGCGCAUCCUGAAGCAGUCGCACAACAAGCCGGGGAAGAGGCUCACCUCGGCGCACCUGAUCACCAACUCCCCCGGCUCCGUGGCGUCCACGACCUCGCUGAACUACGGGACGAACGACGCCUCCUCCUGCGACACUACCUCGUCCGCCAACGUGCAAGUCAAAGUCACUGUGUCCGACGCGCUGCUGGAGAAGAAGCGCAUCUCCGCAGCCAGAGAGAGGAAGGCGACCAAAACUUUGGGAAUAAUCCUGGGAGCCUACAUCAUCUGCUGGCUCCCGUUUUUCAUCUACACCCUUCUAGUGCCUGUCUGCGAGUCCUGCUUCCACCCGGAGCUAUUUGACAUUUUCACCUGGCUGGGUUACCUCAACUCUCUAAUCAACCCCAUCAUUUACACCAUGUCCAACGAGGACUUCAAGCAGGCUUUCCACAAACUAAUAAGGUUCAGAUGCUUCGGGGCAUGAGCGACGACCACCAGCCAUGAUUACCCCCCCCCCCCCAAAUCCUCUAAUCAUCUGUGUACAAUUGAAUCAAACCCAUCAGCCACAGAUAUUUCCCUCCCCAGGUUUGCCCCCCUGAGGACAAGAUAUCCAAACACCCACAUUGUUUAUGAUAAUGUGGCUGCAGAGAUGCAUUGACCUGCCAUCCAGUCUGCAUCGUGUCAUCAUGUGAUGGCAGAAGAACGGCUGCUAUUAACAAGACCAUUGGAAUAAAAAAAGAGAAACAGCCUGGUGAGGAUGUUGGAAGCUGCAGACUGGUUUGCAGGUGAUAAUGUUGUUAUAAUGACUUGGAGAAA